AUGCCUUCACGUUCAAAGAAAAUUCUUUCACCCAUUCCUUUAAUACCAAAUGAUGAACAAAAUGUUACUGAUCUUAUUAGACAAAGUCAAUCAGUAUUUUCUUCAUCAAAUCAAAAUGAUAUUCAAGCAUUAUGUGAACAAUUAAUUGAUAUUCUAAUUAUCUCAUCCUCAACUGAUCCACCAAAUACAUCUUUACGAAAAUGUGUUGUCAAAGGUUUUUCUUAUUUGCAAACAAAUCAAUAUGAUAAUGUUGUUAACCAAUGUACUAAACGUUUAGAAGUAUUUUUUAAACGACAAGGAAAACAGCAUAGAAUUGAAUAUAUUUCUAUGUUAAAUUAUCUGAUUGAAAAUUUCCCAUUUGGCUUAGUUUGUGUAUUCAAUAUAAAAGAUACAAUUUCUAAUCAAUUGAUUUCAAUCGGUGAAGAAAUUUGGUCUGAUAUACAAUUAACAAAUGUUCCACAUCAUCGAUUUAAUCUUUUUCAACAACUUCAAUAUUACUUGAAAGUGGUUGUUUUUCUUUUACCUAAAUUUCAUGAUGAACUUGAAAGUGAUGGAAUUAUAUCUCGAAUUAUUCACGAAAUGCUUAACGAUGAAAAUCGAGUGACAUUAGAAAUUCGCUUGACGUGUUCAUUAGUUUGGCAUCUUUUGAAAGAAAAUGAACAAUUAUCACCAGAUGAAAAAGUUGAUAAAAUGAAAAAAGUCACUUGCGUGACAAUGUCUCGAUUAGCGUUAUAUUUUGGUUUGAUAAAAACAACAAUAAUAAAUCAAUAUCUUGAUACAAAUUUUUUUGUUCGAUUAUUAGAAGAAGUUCUCGCUUUUAAAACACGUGAUGCGACCAUUAUGGUUGGAAUAUCAAAAGCAUUAGAAACUUAUUCCGAAGCUUUAAAUUCGUCAUGGCAUAAUCUUCAUAUAGCUUCAUUAGAAAACAUAAUUGACAAAUUAUUAGCUUUUGCUUGGGAUCAUUUUAGUUUUAAUGUUGAAACUGUUCGACAUUGUUCAACAAAUAUUUAUUCAAAUACUUUCAAAAUUAGCAUGAAUCAUAAUGAUCUUCGUCAGUCAAUUAUUGACUCUCAAUUAACAUUAUUAAAACAACUUCCAUGGCAAAAAGAUGGAUGUUCAUUAGCUUAUCAUACACUUCUUGAAUAUGUAUCUGUUAGUGAUAUUCUUAAAUGGAAUUUAAAAUUAGCAGAAUCAUGUCUUAUGGCUAUGAAUGAUCGUGGAUUAGCAUCAGAAGCAAGUUAUCUCUAUUGUGUCUUAUGUCAUAAACAUCGAGAAGAAGAAAAAUCAACAGAGAUAUGGAAACAAACUUGGUUGAAACCAGUUGUUGAUGCACUUGAUACAUCAACACCAUUACAUAGAUCUCUUAUUGCUGAAUAUAUUUUACCGAAAAUUCUCAAAGGUCAUCCAGAAUAUUUACAAGAUCUAAAAGAAAUAACAGUUAAUCCUCGUACAUUAAUUGUUUGUACACGUAUUGGUCGAACAUUAGGUUUAUGCCCAAAUUUAUUUUCAUCUUGUCCAUUUAUUGAACAUGAUUUAAUUCGACAAGGAAUAACAAGUGAAGAUGAACAAAUUUGUCUUGAUUGUUUAUUUAUUCUUUGUGAAAAUCCCAAAACAACAGAAUAUUUAAGUAAAAUUGAAUUUGAAUUAAUAAAAUAUUUUCUUCAAAUGAAUGUUGAUAAUGGUUCAACAUCGUUUCGAAAUCAAGUUUUAUCGUUACUAAAAAAACAUUUUAUUCGCGUAAAAGACAGCUGGUUAUUUUGUGCAAGACAGAAAUUAAAAAAAAAAGAUCAAGAUUUUGAUGAUUUAACAGAACGAUAUCGAAAUUAUUUAAAUUGGCUAAUUAAUUGGUCGUGUUCUAAUUUAUAUUUGGAAGGAUCCUAUUCUCAACGGCAUUUAUCAAUUUUAAUUCUUCAUUGGUUAAUUCAUUUACAUGGAAAUCAAGGAGUAGAAACUAUUUGCCGUAAGUUAUUUUCAUUAUUUUCAGUUUUAUUUCUAUAA